AUGAUAAUUCUAGUGGGACUGCCUGGUGCCGGAAAAACAACCUUCUUUCGCCGUUUCUUACAGUCUCGUGGUUAUUUGAGGCAAUCAGCUCAUGCGUACGCUACAAGGAAAGACUUCAUUUACGCCGUCGACGAGACAGUGAUCCGUGGCACGCUGGUCGUGAUCGAUGAUCUGAACAUCGACGUCGAAUCUCGAGCUCCCUGGGUCGCAAUAGCUUCGAAAUACGCUGUUGAAGCUGACGCAUAUGCUCUUGAAUCAUCGACUAAUUUAUGCCUUCACAACGACACUGUCAGAGCGCUCGGGGGACAUCCGAUCAACUCGGAAGAUCGACCUGUUUAUCCUCGAACGCCGUUUUUGGACCUAGUCAAACGGUAUCAGAGUCCGAGCACAAGCGAAGGAUUUCGAGGCGUUCACGAAGUCAAGUUCAAGUGGCAAGGCACACAGGAGGAACUUGACAUCUGGAAGAAAUUUUGGAUUUGA